GCCCAAACCGGCAAGAUGGCGUCGAGUGGCGGGGAGCUUGGAGGCGUAUUCGACCACCACGUCCAAAAGGCUGUAUGCGACUCGCGGGCCAAGUAUCGGGAGGGGCGACGGCCUCGCGCUGUCAAGGUAUAUACAGUCAAUUUGGAAUCUCGGUACUUAUUAAUACAAGGAGUUCCUGCAGUGGGAGCGAUGAAGGAAUUAGUUGAGCGAUUUGCUCUGUAUGGUGCAAUUGAACAGUAUAAUGCUCUGGACGAAUACCCAGCAGAAGACUUUACAGAAGUUUACCUUAUUAAAUUUCUUAAUUUACAAAGUGCAAGGAUAGCCAAGAGAAAAAUGGAUGAACAAAGUUUCUUUGGUGGAUUGCUUCAUGUGUGCUAUGCUCCAGAAUUUGAGACAGUUGAAGAAACCAGAAAAAAAUUACAAGAGAGGAAUGCUUAUGUAGCAAGAACUACUAAAAAUAAAGCUCAUUACAUGACAAAGAAGCAUAAAGAUACAAAAGAUUUUAGACAGGACUUCUAUUCGAAGACCUCUGGAUUUCCUGCAGCCUCUUUGAACACAUCUACUGGGAACUCAGAUCUUUGUCUUCCUUAUUCUUGUGAGUUGCCUUUGUGCUGUUUCUCCCCCAAAUGUACAUGUUCAUCAGGAGAACAUGUGGACAGAGCAUCAAACUCCUCUCAGGAUGGUAGAAACCAUGAUGAAACACUGGAGCAUUGUAACCACUAUGACUCUCUGCAGAAAAUGCAGAUGAAAACUUUGAAAAAUUCAUUGGCCUUCCCUGGCGCACAGAAGGCUAUUACUCCUUCAGAGGCAGUUGACAGAUUUAUGCCUAGGACAACACAACUGCAGGAGCGGAAAAGAAGAAGAGAAGAUGAUUGUAAACAUGGAACUCUUCUUGAAGCAAGCACAAGUAGUAAUGAGGUUAUGAUUGGCCCUCAGUUACCAGACAUUCCUAAAGUAGACAUGCAUGAUGACUCGUUGAAUACAACAGCGAAUUUAAUUCGGAGUAAACUUAAAGAGGUAUUUCAUCUGUGCCGAAGUCUCCAGAGGACAAGCUGGAAGGUGUGCGUGGAAGUCAUCCUUUAAAACAAAGAAGAAGAAUAUAAAUUGUCUGCAGUAAACUAAUAUUUUUAAAGGCCUAUUUAUUUUUUAUUUUUAGGCUGUCAUUGUAAUUCUUAAAGAGAUUUUACUGCUGGUAUUUUUUUUUAAUGCACUCCUCUUUGUAAUUUCAUUCAACCUACUUGUCUCAUAUAGUUUCAUCUUUUAAAAUUAGUUUAUCAUGGACAAAAUACAUGCCAGCCAAUUAUGUCCCUUAAAAAAACUAAAACUUUUCCAGAAGUUCCACCCAGUGACUUUAGUUACAUCUUAUUGGCUAGAACUGGGCCCGUGGCUGUUCCUUAUAGAGGAGUCUAGAAUGUUGAAUGUUUGGGUUUCCAACUUCUGUGGUUGAGGAAGCAAGAGAAAAGAGGGUUGUGAAUGGCUGAUUCACAAUAUGUGCCCCCAAAUCUAAGGUUGUUGGUUAACUUAACAAACAAAUUAAUUAAUUAGUUUAUCAUUACUUAUCAUAGAUGUUAUUUUGAUCCAUACUUAAUAUUACAGAAAUCAUUCUUACUACCUCUCACACUGCAAUCACUAUAUAUAAAUUAACUGAAGCAAAUAUAGAAACUUUAUAAUAUAAAUAUAGGCAACCAGGAUCUGUUUCUGAAUUUAAUAAUUUUGAGUAACUCACAUUCAAAAUCUAGAAGUCAGGAUGUGUUGGAAUGCCAGGGCUUCAAAAUCAAGACAAUUCUAUAAAGCAAAAAAGUUAAACUAUUAGAACAAAGCUAAAAUUAGAAGCUUAUAUGCUUUAGUUAACUUCAAAGAGUAAUUUACUUCAUCUAUGGCAGAAACAAAUCAGUAUUUGUAAAUGCUAGACUUUUAUUACCACUACUUUUAGCACAUCCACAUUUUUUUUUUUUCCUGGCAGUGCAUCACAUAAUUGGAAAUCCAAGUAUGUCCAGGCUGUUUCCUUUUUUUUUUUUUUUUUUUACUGAUAACAAUAACCUAAGGAGGCCCAUACAAAAUGGUGUCUGUUUUUCUCCCUGUCCUAAGGGCCUCUUGCCUAAUGGAUUGAAUUUGAAUAUAAAGGUUAGGAAGUUCCACCUUCAUUUAUGACCUACUGAUUCAAACUUGCUAGGAAGGCACUUAGUUGUGGAUGGUAUUAAAAGAAGCUGCAGGCAAGGUGUCUGUCUGGCUCUACCUCCUUGUGAGGUAAUUAAUUAGAUAUAUAGUUGACCUUUGAACAACACGGGGUUAGGGUUGCUGACCCUCCACACAGUCAAAAAUCCACAUAUAACUUUACAGUCUGCCCUCCAUAUCUGCUGUUUUGUAUCCUCAGAUUCAACCAACCAUGGAUUAUGCAGUACUGUAGUAUGUAUUUAUUGAAAAAGAAAUCCACAUACAAGUGGACCCUCACAGUUCGAACCCGUGUUGUUCGAGGGUCAACCAAACUUUUUGCUGCACUCUCAGUUAAAAAAAUACAUUAGUCACCUCAGCAUAGAGUUGGAAAAAGCAAGUUUCUCUCUGGAUCAGGCUUCUCAGAUUUUAAGGUGCUGUGAAUCUCCACCUGUUGUCUUAUUAAAAUGCACACUCUGAUGGUGGUGGCAGAGGCUGGUGGGUGGCCGAAACUGGGAGUUGUUUAAUGGGUAUAGAGUUUCAGUUGUGCAAGAUGAGAAGAGUUCUCGAGAUUGGUUGCACAAUAGCAUGAAUGUACUUAACACUACUGAACUGUACACAUAAAAUUGGUUAAGAAGGUAAAUGUUGGGCUUCCCUGGUGGCGCAGUGGUUGAGAGUCCGCCUGCCGAUGCAGGGGACACGGGUUCGUGCCCCGGUCCGGGAGGAUCCUACAUG